AUGGAAGCUAUAGUGCAAUCAUACGCUGCGCCAAUUUUCGCACGCUACCCUCAAUUGCACAAAUAUGUGCCAACCCUAGACCGUCCCUUCUUCAAUAUCGACCUGUGGAGCAACUUUGACCAUGCAGUUACUGUUGUGACCAAGGGCAAGUUUGUACCCAGCGAAUUUGAGUUUGUUGCUGGUGAAUUGCCUCUGAGUCGAUUGCCCCCAGUUCUUGGCGCUAUAGCCUUGUACUACGUCAUCAUCUUCGGUGGCAGGGCUCUUUUGAGAGGCACCAAGCCAUUGAAAUUGAACGGUUCCUUCCAACUGCACAACCUAUUUCUAACCUCUUUGUCGCUCACUUUACUUGUGUUGAUGGUGGAACAACUGAUCCCAAUGAUCGCAAGACACGGUCUUUUCUUCAGCAUCUGUAACAUUGGUGCUUGGACUCAACCUAUGGUGGCACUGUACUACAUGAACUACAUUGUCAAAUUCAUCGAGUUCACUGACACCAUAUUUUUGGUCUUAAAGCACAAGAAACUGACUUUUCUGCACACGUACCACCAUGGUGCGACCGCGCUGCUGUGCUACACACAACUAAUCGGUACCACUUCUAUCUCCUGGGUCCCCCAUCUCUUUGGAACUUGGGGGUCCACGUCGUCAUGUACUGGUAUUAUUUCCUGGCCGCUAGAGGUAUCAGGGUCUGGUGGAAGGAAUGGGUCACCAGAUUCCAAAUCAUCCAAUUCGUCCUGGACAUCGGGUUCAUCUAUUUUGCAGUUUACCAAAAACUGUGCCACCUGUUCUUACCGCACCUACCACACUGUGGUGACUGUGUCGGCUCCACCUCGGCUACACUUGCUGGUUGCGCCAUCAUUUCCUCAUACCUGGUCUUGUUCAUCAGCUUCUACAUCAACGUUUACAGGCGUAAGGGUACCAAGACCAGUAGAGUCAUCAAGCGUGCGCAUGGUGGUGUUGCCGCAAAGGUCAACGAGUAUGUUAGCGUUGAUAUGA